UUGAGAACUACCUUAACGCUUUUUUUUUCUCCCCUUCGUGUAUCGAACGACAACGACAACGAGGAAAAUCGACGGGUCGGCAAGAUGGCUCCUCUCACCUACUCCAAGACCUCCAAGGUCCCCCGUCGCCCCUUCGAGGCCGCCCGAUUGGACUCCGAGCUGAAGCUCGUGGGCGAGUACGGUCUCCGCAACAAGCGUGAGGUCUGGCGUGUCCAGCUUACCCUCUCCAAGAUCCGUCGUGCUGCCCGUCAGCUCUUGACUCUUGAUGAGAAGGACCCCAAGCGUCUCUUCGAGGGUAACGCCCUGAUUCGCCGUCUCGUGCGUGUCGGUGUCCUCGACGAGUCCCGCAUGAAGCUCGAUUACGUCCUGGCCCUGAAGGUCGAGGAUUUCCUUGAGCGCCGCCUCCAGACCUGCGUCUACAAGCUCGGCCUCGCCAAGUCCAUCCACCACGCCCGUGUUCUCAUCCGCCAGCGCCACAUCCGCGUCGGCAAGCAGAUCGUCAACGUUCCCUCCUUCAUCGUCCGUCUCGACUCUCAGAAGCACAUUGACUUCGCCCUUACCUCGCCCUUCGGUGGUGGCCGCCCCGGCCGUGUCCGCAGAAAGAAGGCCGCCGCCGCCGAGAAGGCCGACGGUGGUGAGGAGGAGGAGGAUGAGGAGUAA